UUUUAUCAAGCUGUUUGGAGAAACUGGAGUCAAAACCACCAGCAGAGUGUGUGUGUGAGUGUGUGUUAGUGUUUACCUCCUAAACUCUUAGUUUAUCAAGUGAAAAUGCAUCCAGUGCGAGUGUCGAUCCCGUCAUUUCGCUCAGAAAACAACUCGAUCGAGAAAGGAUACACGGUCUUUAGAAUUGACGUGCUGAUGAACGGCAGACAACAUGUUGUUGAGAAACGCUACAGUGAAUUCCACACUUUGCAUAAAAUGCUAAAGAAGAGCAUAAAGCCACCUGAGAUCCCCUCCAAGCAUGUAAGAAACUGGGUCCCAAAGGUCCUGGAGCAGAGGAGGCAUGGUCUGGAGCUCUACCUGCAGACUAUAAUUAUGGAAAAUGGAGUUCUUCCAAAGGUAUUUCUGGAUUUCCUGAAUAUCCGCCAUUUUCCUUCAGUGCCAAAAACAGAAAGCUGUGGGUCAUUUGACACAGAAUCAGAGGAAUCAAGCAAACUUUCACAUCAGCCGGUGCUGCUGUUUCUGAGAGACCCCUACCUGCUGCCAUCUGCUCACGAUGCAUUUUCAAACGUUGUGAUCGAAGGUGUGGUGCACGGAGUUUUCUACCCGGAUCUCCAACCGAGGUAGAGCUGCAGAGCCGAAUCUGAGGGCACGUCAAACAGAUGCUUCAUGUUUUCACACCAUUUUAGGUGUGUAUCAGGAAGGGCGUGAUAUGUUACGAUACACUGAGCCUCAUUUACAUUUCCCAAAGCAAAAAAACAAAAAUCCAUACGUUUUGUUUCUGUCUCUUGAUAAAUCACUGGCACCAUCACUUUCUCCUAAUAUAAGCAAUAUUGUCCCACAUUUAAUUGGAUUUGAAUUCUCAGAAAAUGAUUUAAAGCUGGAGUCUAAAAUUCUAAUCCAAAACACUUUUUUGUCUAAUUCAGCGAAAAUCUCUUCACAGAGCUGUCUGUGUCUGUGUGUGUGCUAAAAAAUCAGUUGUACAUGCACAGUCCUGGCUCUGUUAAUAAGAAACAAACAAACACAACACUGCUCUGUUCGUGCACAGGACAUUGGAAAGGUCAUUGAGAGACAAUUUUGGUGAAACAUGCUCAAAUUUAUGAAGGAGCCCUGAUGGGAGUGUUUGUUUGGGUGUUGAGUUCAAAUAACUUCUGUCAGCUAUAAAACUAUACUAACUAUAUUUCAAACUGUUACAACAGGUUACUCUAAAUGUUUGAGGCAUUAGAAUCAAAAUAAUUAAGUGAAGACUAAAAUGAAUUUUUUCAGAUUAUAGCAAAAAUGUUAUGUUAUGAGUGAAAUUAGCAUACAGGGUCAACUGGAAAUAGAGGCAGAUCACAGUGAGGGAGAACUGAAGUGUUGUCUUUUGUAAGUAAAUACCAGAAGUUGAAACUCUGGGGAACCAGAAAGGAAAUGCUGAUGCCAGCUGGAUGUGAAGGUUAGUUUGUCGCACACAGAGGAGGCCUGUGAGGACAAAGCAGGAGUGUGGAGCUGGAUUAUGGUCUACAAACAGGGAGGUGCCCCUCUCUUUGUAGCACCAGUACUGUGGUCUCUGAAUUUGUUCUGAGAUCCAAAUUGAGCCGUCUGAGGCAGAGCGUGCAACAAUUUCGAGGGUGUUUGUGCAUUCUGGUGGAGCUGACUGCCAUGUGCCACAUGUUAGGGUGAAAAUGAUUUAAAGUUGUGAUGUGGAUCUCUUUCUCUGAGCAUCAGAUGUUUGUGAAGGAGUAUCGAAGUGUUUCCUGUGGUGCUACUGGAGGAGCAGCUCAGUUUGGUGAGGUGGUGAGCUUGAGGUUUUGUGUACAAAGCCAAUUAAACAUGUAACCACAAUAGACAGAAAUGUGUGGCACAACCUGUGAGUAAUGUGACUCAUUAAGCUAAACGUGGGUGUCAACAGAGAAAACAGAUGUUGACAGAGUCAUUAAAAACACUCCACUGACUCAUAAUAGAUUGAUGCAGCAGAACCAGAGAUAAUAUAUUUUUAAUGCUACAUCUCAUUCUUUCUUACCUGAUGCCUACAUUACCCAUAAUGCAAUUCAGCCAUCGGCCAUUUGAUCCUAGCUUCUCCUGUGUAAUGGCUUGUGCACACUAAAUGCAAAGAGAAUAUUUCAUGUUGCGUGAUAGCAUACAAAGUUAAUGCAAGUUGAAAGUUUGCCACUCAUUUUUAAAUCUGAACUUCAUUCAGAAAACAAGCAUUUUAAAAGUUGUUGCUAGUCUCCCUACGCACAGAUGUGACAGAGCUGAAUUCAGACUUUUUACACAUCAGCAUUAUGCCAUAGGUAUUUCGGCAUACUUUUGACCUAUUUAUUGCAAUUAAAUCACAGAAAAAUCAGUUUAUUUUGUGGACAUAACGCUGUAUUAGCAGCAGUGAUCCAGAUGCAGCAUUAGUGGUUAUUUUUGCCAUGUUUGGUAACAGAAGGACACUGGUAAAAAAAAACGUUGUUGGUAUCUACAGUCAUGGAAACAAUUAUUAGACCAUUGUUUUCUUCAAUUUCUUGUUCAUUUUAAUGCCUUGGUACAACUAAUGGUACAUUUGUUUGGACGAAUAUAAUGAUAACAAGAAAAAUAGUUCAUAAGAGUUUAAUUUAAGAGCUGAUAUAUAGCCAUUUUCCAUGGUUUUCUAAUAAUAAACAAAAUCAUUAUCAAGUAAACCAUUGAAAUGUCUAGAUAUCAGCUCUUAAAUUAAACUCCUAUGAGCUAUUUUUGUUGUUAUCAUUGUAUAUGUUCAAACAAAUGUACCUUUAGUUGUACCAGGCAAUAAAAUGACCAAGAAAUUGAAGAAAACAAUGGUCUAAUAUUUUUUUCCAUGACUGUAUACUGGCACAAGUAACACAAGGUGAAAAUUCGCUUUGCAUUUGGUGUAAACACGCCGUUAUGCUAGAAGAGCAGUGGGCUGCAGAGACCUGCUAAUCUCACAUCUAAAUAUUUCCUCAUUUUCAAACUUCUUCAGAUCCAAACAACCGUGAUUUAAGUGAAAUGACUUGAGACACCGCUCCCUUUGGAGCCACAAUGAGCUUUAGAAACUUUUUUUCACAUAUGCAGUAGGGCUCCCAAAAAAGUUGUAAACAGACUCACUGGUGUGUAAUAUCGGUGGCAGAUGUUUAAGGUAAUAAUAAAUGAUGAUAUUUAAGGACUGACAGUUGGAAGCAAAGCAGGAGAAUGAGCCUAUUAUAUUAUAACCAUUAAAUCAAAUGGAAAUCCUUCUUAUUUCUGACCAGAGCUGACACAAGUUUGUUUCUUAUAUUAUGCCAAAAGCAAAACAUAGCUUUUGAUUUGCGGACACUAGUAAGAAAAAAUAUUUCUAACACUCGUUAAAGGCCAGUAUCUAACACUAAUAGAGUCCUGUAGAGUUUAAUGUUGAAUUUACACAUAAUGUAGAAGGCCAGUUCCUCACUUGUGGUGAUUAGCGGUUUAGUCACCCAUCAUGUAAAGGGAUGCAACGUGUGUUUUGUUUUAGUUUUAAAAUAAGAGAUGGUUAUUUAAAAGACUUAGAACCAGUAAAACACUGUGCAAUAUGAAUUAAAACACAGAUUGUCUUUAUAUUGUUCCUUGGGAAGUAAAAACCAUCUCAUGUUGUGAACACUUGUCACUUUCUGGGCAGUAAUCUGUUACACUUCUUAUGUGACUGGACCUCCACUAUGUUUAUACUGAAUCAGACAACUCCUGACAGUUAACCUCAACUAAACAGAUCAUGAUUUUAUGUUUUAACAAAGUAAAUCAUGUCCUAGAGAUUUAUCCUGUAGAUUUAUAUGUAUUUAUAUUAUGUAACACCGUACUGUUUGUGCUCCGAUUAUGUGAAGAGUGUCAUUUAUGUGCCAUAAUGUCAACCUACAGUGAACACUGGAAUUCUACUGUAGCACUUUAAGAUGGUCGAUAUCUAAAAUACUGACACGAAUAAAAUUCAUUAUUUCCACAAA